AUGUUUGUAGACAAUACACAAUCUACUUUUGGCAUUUUAUCUCUUAUCGAAUUUUCAUUACAAAAUUUUGAAGGAUACAAAUUGAGACAAAAUAUCGCUUCUUUGUGGCAUGAAUCCAAAACUUUGUUAAAUGCGAGCGAUUUUAUUGCAUAUUUGGUUAUUGCUAUGAUGAGGACUGGAUAUAUUGAGGAAGCUAAUAUUUUUGCUAAAAAGUUUACAAUUUUUGGUACAUCAUUUAUUGUUCCAUUUAAAGAAGCAAUUGAAAAAGAAAAGUUUUCUUUAUUAUUGGAGAAUGUUUUCUUUUCUGUUUCAGAACUUACAAAAGAAUUGAAGGCAAAAAGAAAAGCUGAAAUGAUUGAAAGAAAAUUAAAAAAUGCGGAAAACUUGGAAAAUAAAAUAUUGGAUGAUGCAAAAUUGGAAGAGAUGAUAAAAGAAAAUGAUGAAAGACAAGUUUUAAAAAUUGCUGAACAGGAAAGAAAGCCUCCUUUUAUUUUUCAAAAUUUGAUUUGGAUAUGGGCGCCACCUAGAAAAAUGAAUAAUCCUCAAAAGGAUGUUUUGAUUCGUCCAAACAAGCCAAGAAAGCAAAGAAUUCACAAAGUUAAUUUGAAAAGCUUAGAAAAAUUUUGUAUUGAAUUUAUUGAAUUAUGGCAAUUAAAAGCUGUUCAAAAUUCUGAUUUUUACGCAUUGGAAUGUUGCCAUUCAUUUAUUAAAAGAAAUGGACUUUCGAGCACAUUAUCCUCUCAAACAAGCAAACAGGAGGGUUUAAAUAAUUCUAUUAACAAUAAAACACUCGUAUUUAAUUAA